AUGUCAGAAGACAAGGCGGAUCAGGCCCCCGGACCCAGCUUGUGGGAGCAGGAUCAGCAGAGCGUGGUGCAGCGCGUGGCUGCUCUUCCCCUGAUCAGGGCCACGUGCACUGCCGUCUCCGAGGCUUACAGCACCGCCAAGGACAGACACCCGCUGCUGGGCUCCGCCUGCCGCCUGGCUGAGCACUGCGUGUGUGACCUGACCACCCGAGCCCUGGACCAUGCCCAGCCACUGCUCAGCCACCUGCAGCCCCAGCUGGCCACAGUGAAUGAUCUUGCCUGCAAGGGCCUGGACAAGCUGGAAGAGAAACUGCCCUUUCUCCAGCAUCCUUCAGAGACGGUGGUGACCUCGGCCAAGGGUGUGGUGGCCAGCGGCAUGACAGGUAUGGUGGGCCUGGCCCGGCAGGGCCGCCGCUGGAGUGUGGAGCUGAAGCGAUCCAUGAGCCAUGCCAUGGAUGUCGUGCUGGAAAAGUCAGAGGAGCUGGUGGACCACUUCCUGCCCAUGACUGAGGAGGAGCUCGCGGCGCUGGCGGCGGAGGCUGAGGGCCCGGAAGUGGGCUCGGUGGAAGAGCAGCGGAAACAUCAGGGUUACUUCGUGCGCCUGGGUUCCCUGUCCACGCGACUUCGCCACCUGGCGUAUGAGCACUCUCUGGGGAAACUGAGGCAGAAGAAACACCAUGCCCAGGACACGCUGGCCCAGCUGCAGGAGACCCUGGAGCUGAUCCACCGCAUGCAGUGCGGAGUGACCCCCAUCACCCCCGCCCGCCCCGGGAAGGUGCAUGAGCUGUGGGAGGACUGGAGCCAGCGCCCCCUAGAGAACGGCCGGAGGCGCCACAGCCAGGCGGAGCUGGAGACCCUGGUGCUGUCCCGCAGCCUGAUGCGGGAGCUGCAGAGUACCGUGGACGCGCUGGAGACCAGUGUGAGGGGCCUCCCCCCCAGCGCCCAGGAGAAGGUGGCUGAGGUGCGGCGCAGCGUGGACGCCCUGCAGGUAGCCUUUGCCGACGCCCGCCGCUUCGGAGACUUGCCAGCGGCCGUGUUGGCCGAGGGCCGGGGCAGCAUGGCCCGGGCCCACGCGUGCGUGGACGAGCUGCUGGAGCUGGUGAUACAGGCCGUGCCCCUGCCCUGGCUGGUGGGGCCCUUCGCACCCAUCCUCGUGGAGCGGCCCGAACCUCCGCCUGACCUGGAGGCCCUGGUGGACGAGGUCGUCGGGGGGCCUGACCCCCGCUGGGCGCACCUGGACUGGCCAGCCCAGCAGAGAGCAUGGCAGGCCCAGCACGGGGAGGGAACGGUCCUCUCGGGGAACAUUCCUGAGGAGGAACCUGAGCCCCCCAGCCGCCCCAAGCACACUCUGAUGCCUGAGCUGGACUUUUGA